AUGUUGGAUGCUCCGAGUUUAUUGGACGAUUUUUAUACAAAUUUAAUUGAUUGGAGUAAAGCAAAUGUUGUGGCUGUCACUUUGGGGAAUAAAAUUUUCCAAUGGAAUGCUGCAACUGGGGCGGUGGAUGAAUUGAAAGAUUUUGAGAAUUUGGAGGCUAAUCCAACAGUUGCAAAAUGGUCGAAAGAAGGGCAGUAUAUUGCUAUUGGAUUUUCUGAUGGGACUUUAAAGGUUUUUAAAUAUUUUAAAUUUUUGAGAAAUUGAUUAGUGGGACUUUUACACAUAUGUUGACAAGGAGAGGUUGCGAGGUGUC